AUUCGAAUCCUCAGUUCAUAACGGCAUCUUUUCAUCUUCCGCGGGUCGUAACAACUCAGUCCAUUCCUUUCUAUCACUUUGGCAAAUCUGCCUUUCCAUUCCUUAUUCCUUUUCUCGCCGAACAUGCGGUGCUCAACUUUCCUCGCCUUGGCUGCAGCAGUCUCCAGCGCGUCCGCUCAUUACUUCUUCCCUCACUUGAUCGCCAACGGCAACUUCACCGGAUACUACGAGUACGUCCGCGACAACAGCGCAAACUACAUGCCCUUCAAGAACGGCUACGACAGCACCGACCUCCGAUGCCGGACCGGCUCAAUGGAGCACGCCGCCACUACGGGCGUCUACAAGGUCAAGGCGGGCGACGAGGUGGGCUUCGGCCUCAAUUUUGGCGGCUCGAUUCAGCAUCCGGGUCCCAUGCAGGCCUACCUCUCCAAAGCACCGGGUGACGUGCGCGAGUACGAAGGUGACGGCGACUGGUUCAAGAUCUUUGAGCUUGGGCCAAAGUCUUUUUCUAGCGAGGGCAUCGAAUGGGGUGUCACCAACGUUGGAAACUUCACGUUCAAGUUGCCCGAGGAGACGCCGGCCGGGCAGUAUCUUUUGCGAAUCGAGCACAUUGGCGUUCAUGGAGCUGGAGACUUUGGUGGUGCCGAGUUUUACUUCAACUGCGCCCAGAUCGAAGUCGAGAGUAGCAGCACCGCGGUCCCUGGCCCGACUGUCAAGAUUCCCGGGUUAUACGAUGGUUACGAGCCCGGUAUCGAGUUCUACAUGUACCGUCCGUGGAUUGUCAACUUCACGAUGCCCGGACCGGCAAGAUGGCCCCAGGCCCUUGUGGGAAACGUCACCGCAGAAGGGGUAAGUGUGGCUCCGACAGCUACGCCUUGGACACUCUCGGCAGUCACUUCAACAGUAGGAGGGCAAGAUGCUUCAUCUUCGGCGGCUGUCGUCGUGCCCACGAGCCUUAUCUCCGCAGUUAUGCCUUCUGCGAACGCCACGUUUUCGUACGCAUCUACAUAUACAGCUGGCGCAAGUGAAUCGGCAAUUUUAAAGAGCAAGAUUAGUGAGUUGGUGGCAACAACUUCUAGCUUACCCACGACUUUGAGCGCCACGGCCGCGCCUUCGACCACUGCAAAGAAGUCGCGAUGCCCACCACGAAGCACAGUUAUCAGCACGGUUUAUGUUACUGCAAGUGCUUGAACCUAUUUCUGAGAGUUGAAUGUCUUCUGAUACUUUUGAGAUCUGUGAUGCUACACGAGCAAGGCGAUUCUGGGACUUGCUAAAGGCGAAGUGCUCUGUGUUGAGACUUGGUUGCCACAUUACCCAAGAUACUGGAGUCAAAGGUAUGCCCCGAGGCCUGACAAAUGGCCCCUGGGCUAAGUUCUAUUCUUUCUUCACUUCUAUAUGUAUCAUUAUUCUUUACACAUCGAAUAUCAAGGCUUUAUAGAUGCCACAGGUCAGAAGUGAAGAGAUUCCUGGAUGUAAUUUGUAAUGAACGGAGUGAGACAUUGUCAGACUACGUUACGUUUGAGUCACCACGGACGAGCCACGCCGUACCAACACAUAACGUUUGAGUAAUAAUCCUCUGAGUCUUAUCAGCCUGGUAACUCAAAAAAAAAAA